CGGCUCGCUCGCGUUGAUGGCCUCGGGGCUGUGAAGGACUGGUGCUUACGGCUAUCUCCGCAGCGUGGUGGGUGUGAUCUGAUCAGCGCGAUGUGGAAGGCGCUCUUCUCCCAUCUCGCCGGGGGCGCGCCAGUUUUUGCCUGCUGUUGCCCAGCGGUUGCUCAACUUCGGUUUUGGCUAGUCUGCUAUCGGCGCGGUCGUGGACACAGAUCGCGCCACCUCCUGCCUGGACGUGCUCUGCGGGCAUUCUGUCCAUACAAACGGCCACACAAGUUCUUCAUGGUUCUCGAAUGUACAUUCGGCCUGCCACGGCAUCCCGCUGGUUUACAGUACGCGCACCUGCUGCCGACUCGCUGGCGCGCCAAUUGGCGCACGCAGAUCAGCGUCCAGCUGGCCAUCUGCGGGGCGCGGGCGGUGCUGGACGCGCUGCUGUUCGGCGCGAAGCCUGUCGGCGCGCAGCGGCGCAGGCCGCAGGCCGGGUGGGUCACUUCUUUCUCCCAGCCCCCCUCCCCGCCUUUUCCUGUGGUGAGCAGCGUGGCUUGACUGACGGUGGCUAUGUGGCGACAGGGAGG